AUGUCUGCUGCAGCAGUCAAUGAUGUGGCUGCUUGGAUUCUACUUGUUCUAGCUAUUGCCCUAUUAGGCACGACUCGUUUCAUUGUGGGUCUUCUUGUGCGGAUCCUACCUGCAAAAACCUUAGCUCCGAGUAACAGUCAUCACAUCAGUCGGUGUAAUCCAAGAACUUCACUUUACAUAAAACCAAAUUCAAAUUCAAUGUCCAUUCCUCGCGAAAAAGAUUUGGAACCAUCUUCAAAUUUAAUUGAAAAUGAUAAUAAAGAUCAUGUCCCUUUGAGUGAAUUUGACUAUGAAACCAACCCAGAUGUUAAUUUGGUGAGAAAACAGCAACAACAAUUGGAAAAACUUGAAGAGUUAGUAAAAAAUUUAACUCAACUUGUUUCGCGAUUAGAGUCCAGAUUUUCUGAGAUCCCGGAAAAUUUUGAGAAGUUCCCUCUGGUGUCAACUGGUGAUGAGAAAAGGGAAGUUGAGAAAACUAAAGAAGGGUUGAACGGGAAAGAGAAGGUGCUGUCAGGAGAGGGGCUGUGGACGGUGUCAGUGACGAAGUAUAGUUCAUUUUGGUCGGAGAGGUUUCAGUUUGUGUCAGCCGUAAAACUGGGGUCUAGUCCUAGUUGUAUUAAUGUAUUGCCUUUUAGGGAUUUUGAGGGUUUGAGCAAGUAUGUUGCAGUGGGGGACGACAAGGGUAAGGUAUAUGUGUUUCUGAGAAAUGGAGAUGUUACCGUGGAGUUUGAUGCUUUUUCCGAGUUGCAGUUGGAAUCAUCGUCAGUAACAGCUAUGAUGUCCUACUUGUCGGUUUAUAAGAAUGAGAGCAUAAUCAUUUCAGGGUAUGGGAACGGAUUAGUUUUUAUGCAUAGGGUUUGGGAGGUGUCGAACAGUGAUGAGUUUAGUUCUCUUCACGUGGAGAUGGUUGGAAGAUUCGAGAUCUCAGAAGGAGGUCGACCGAGGAUUAAUGUGUUGGAAGUGCACCAUGUUGGGAGGAAAAGAUACAUUUUGGCUAUAGAUGGUAGUGGGAAAAUUACAGUGUUCCGGGAAGAUGGUACGGUUUAUGGGUCGACCGUUCCAAGUAGGCAGCCACUUGCAUUCUUGAAGCAAAGGCUUUUGUUUCUUACAGAGACAGGAGCAGGGUCUUUGGAUUUGAGGACCAUGAAACUAAAGGAAUCCCAGUGCGAAGGAUUGAAUAAUUCUAUUGCUAAGAAUUAUGUUUUUGAUGCCAUAGACCGGUCGAAGGCAUAUGGGUUCACUCAGGAAGGUGAGUUGAUUCACACUUUAUUGAUGGGCGAUAUGGUGAACUUCAAAUGCAGAAUUAGAUCGAAGAGGAAGAUGGAUUUGGUUGAGCCUCUAGCCUUACAUGCAAUGAAAGGUUAUUUGCUGAUUGCUAACCAGGAGAAAAUUUUUGUGUACAAUGUGUCAUCUCAGCAUUAUGUUUGGACUGGUGGAUUACGACUUUCUUUCUCUGUUGGCCUUGACGAGAUCGUAUCAUCUUUUCUAAAUCAGAAAGUGGUUGAUGUAAAUGAUGAAAAGAGGAUGGCAAUACCUUUACUCACCAGUGACUAUGAAAAGUUUGUUAUUCUCAGUCUUGGGAAUGGAUACGUGGCAAUCUAUCGUUCCAACCUUCCAUCGAUCAAAAGUGAAUUCAAUAACAUCCUAUGGACGAGUCCUGUUUUGUUUUUCAUUCUUUUUCUCUUUGGAGCGUGGCAGUUUUUUGCCAAUAAAAAGGAGGCACUUACCUCGUGGGGCCCCGAUGAUCCAUUUAGUUCCACAUCUGUCAUUAAUGGAGCUCCAUUGGCAUCUGGCACGGGGGAGAGGUCUUUCACGGAUUCUUCCAGAAACGUUGAGAAUAUGGAUCUGAGAGGCACUAGUCUAAGAUCUUCAUCAAGAAGGUUCUCUCCACCAAGGUACUCUGGGGGAUCAGCUGGUCCCUAUAGGCCGAGCCCAGAAGUAGAUUCUAGACCUUCUUCAAUUGAUCCUCGAUUCAGAACAACCUCCGAGUUGAAAUUUAGAGGAUCGAAAGCAGCAAAUGGCUGUGCUAUUCACUUGAAAUACUUAUUAACAGAGAUGUGGAGCUCACUUGCAGCAUAUGAGAUGCUGCAGUAA